UUGGACGAAAAAGCAGUGUCAGACAUGAAUCGCAGUCCUCAGCAUGGCAGGCUACCUGCGCUGCCACGAACCCGUCUGAUGGAAGACAUUCGGAAGGUGAAUAAGAAUGAAACCGGCGGUCCGUCCAGUUCGUCCCGUAUCUUGGCUGGUAUCAAUCGGAAAGCAAACCCGCAGUACACCAGUAAACGGAUCUGGCAGGAGUUGAACAUGCCAACGGAUUGCGAUUUUCUUGGCCCGAAUGUUUUCACCCUGCCGGAAAAGUUGCUAAAACACGGUCCGAACAUGAGACCGUCGUCGUUGGCGAAAGCAAGGUCUAGCCGGAGUGCUGCGCAGAAAAAAAAGGUCAGAUCGUAUACCGCUUUGAGAAAGGAUCGCGAAGACUUUCGGAAGCGGUUGAUAAAGUUGAUUGUUCGAAAGGAUCACGAGAAGGAUGAUGCCGCGAACACAUUCCCAAACGUGGAAGAGCGAGAGUUGCUGAGAUACUAUCACUACAUUCGACAUGGCAUUGACACUAUCCACGUGGCGCCAAUUGACAAACGUGUCCUCCAGAGAAUUUUAAAGUUGAUACCGAAAAACCUUACCAAGUACAAGGAAGGCUUGCGUAUUAUUUUCGACGAGAUUAAGGACGACUACUCGCUGGCAGUGAAGAAAGCAGUCGUUGAUUUUGUGCUUGGCGACGCAAUGACUAAGUACAUGAAGAAGGACGAAAUUACACCGGCUCGGUUGGAAAUUAAAGACCUUAAACUGAAGUGGAAACAUCGAUAUGACGAGAAUCGGGCAAAAAUCAAGCGAAAUCUAUUUUCGAUUAAUGUUUGUUCGGGACAAGUACUAGAAUUAUGGGACUCCGCGUUCAAGGAUUUGUUGCUCGUCGAUAUGAAACAAUUUCAAGGCAAAAGAGAAUCCUUCGAUUUGACAGAGUUUACGUCCGCAGUGAACCAACAGAUUGAAGAGGUCAAAAUAACGUUAAACGAAAAGUGGUACGGAUCCAUCAAGACAAUUAUCAACAGAGGAGUUAGGAAGAAAUUGAUCCCCGAUGAAGCAACCAAACCGAAAAUGUUGCGAAAAUUUUUCGAUUCGUUAGCCACAUUGAUGACACGUCAAUUGCAGAAUCUUUGUGUUAACAGUAUCAUGGCGUACACAAACUAUAUAUGCGAUGUUGGGAAAUCGAAUCUAGGAUUUCGUCUAACAAUUUUGUUGGAAAAUCAAGAUACACUUUCUUUUAUUCCAAGUUUUUCGCGAUUUCAAAUCGAGAUUGUUAAAAUAAUCGACAACAUUGUCAAAGCCGUGAAAAGUUUCAAAAGAAUCGAACGACAACUUAGACCAAACAUUCCUUGCCCUGAUCCGAUGUUAAAGCCGGAUAUAUCCGCCAAUGUAAUCUCUGAGUGUAAGACCAGAAUCUACAAUAUCCUCGAGGAGCAACGAAUUGGUCCGGAGCUUCGUAUGCAAGAUUUUGACAAGUACAUGACGUUGAUGAACGGAUCGGACAUAGAUGAAAUCGAGCGUUUCAUAGAGAAACGCCCCAAUUUUGAGCAAUACUGCCAGUACAUUCAACACUAUAAGGAGAUGGAAGACAACGUGGCCAAAGAGAUAUACGGAGUGAUAUCGAUGGGUUUCUAUGAGUUUCAUCGGGAGGGAUUGGUUGAUACUCUUGAGGGGUUGGCAAAAUUUAUGCAGCAAGAGCUGAUUGUCAAAAUGACCGCGGAUCAACAGUACUCUGCCGCUGUACUUGCCAGCGAAUAUGAAGCAAUAGCUACCAAAAUACUAACUGUGCCGAAGGAUACUGCCGAACUUAUGGCAUUGAAAGAAUAUGCCAUUACUAUGGAAGAAACAACCAUUCCAAACAUGGAAAACAGACUGAAGGUCAACUUGAGUCACCUGCUAUAUCUAACCGAUUACACGAUAUUCACGCCACUGGAGAUCAAACAGAACAACAACACAUUUCAAUGGUACCGAAAGAUGCCUACAAUCUUCCAGGAUCACAAAAAUAUAAUUGCCGAGAAAAUGGUAGAAUACCAAGAUUCUUUAAAACGAAGAGUCGAGAAUUUCCGACGGGAUCUAGAGGUCUACUGGGGUCAGCUGAAAGACUACGAAGUCUGGGGUGACAUCAAGCAUCUACAGAAAUAUAAGAAGAAGGCCACAGCGCUGGACAACAAGCUACUAACGGCAAUGGAUAAGAUCGAUCAGAUCAACGAAGAAGAAAUAGCGUACGGUUGGGAGCUAUCACAGUAUCCACUGAGAAAACAGUGUCACGACAAAUUGACCCCGUAUAAGCAGUUGUACGAUGCUGGUCAGGAUUUCAUGGAUAAACAUGAGCUGUGGUUGCAUUCUCAAGUGGGUUCGCAUGAUCCCGAAAUGGUGGAAGAUACCGUUGGUUCACUGUAUCGUACAGUGUACAAGUUGGAAAAGAAAUUCUCAGACUCUUAUCAGACCCAGCGUUUGGCGCAUGAUAUCAAGAACCGUAUCGAUCAGUUCAAAACUCACAUACCGAUUGUUCAAACUUUGGGUAAUCCUGGCAUGAAGGAACGCCACUGGGAGCAGGUUUCGGAAAUUAUCGGCUUCCCUAUCAAAAUCGCUCCAGAUCUGACGCUGGAAAAGGUAAUCGACUAUGGCCUAGAUGACUACAUUCAACGAUUCGAGGCGAUAUCCGAGAGUGCCACCAAAGAAAACAAUCUCGAAAAAGCUAUGAUCAAGAUGGUGCACGAAUGGAGCGACAUGGCCUUCAUAGUGCUGCCAUACAGGGAUACGGGUACCUACAUUCUGUCUGCGGUGGACGAUAUUCAGGUAUUGCUCGAUGAUCAUAUAAUCAAAACACAAACCAUGAAGAGUUCGCUGUAUAUUAAACCGUUUGAGGCAGACAUUUUGGCUUGGGAAAAGAAACUAAUGUUACUGCAAGAUAUUCUGGACGAUUGGCUUCGGGUGCAGGCGACGUGGAUGUAUUUGGAGCCGAUCUUCUCCAGCCCGGACAUCCAAUCGCAAAUGCCUGAAGAAGGUCGUCGCUUCAGUGCGGUGGACAAGAUCUGGAAGGAUCUUAUGAAGACAGUUUUCGCCGACAGCAAAGUCCUUGCGGUCCUUGAAAUAGACAAAAUGUCGGAGAAAUUGAAGAAGUCGUACAGCCUUCUGGAGAUCAUUCAGAAAGGUCUCAACGAGUAUCUGGAGAAAAAACGUCUCUACUUCCCACGGUUCUUCUUCCUCUCCAACGACGAACUACUGGAGAUUCUUUCGGAAACGAAGAAUCCUACCCGUGUGCAACCACAUCUGAAGAAGUGCUUCGAAGGAAUCGCUACGUUGAACUUUACGGAAUCGCUUGAUAUUACCAUGAUGCGAUCAAGUGAAGGUGAAGAAGUUGCUCUGGCUGAUGAGGUUUCAACCAGUAAGGCAAAGGGGCAGGUAGAAAAAUGGCUGCUGGAUUUGGAGAAAUCGAUGAAGAAAAGUGUGCGUAUACAAAUCGACGAGUCGUACAAUUCCUACACCAAAACAGUGCGCCACGAGUGGGUUAUCAUGUGGCCAGGACAGUGCGUCCAAAGCAUUUCAUGUGCCUUCUGGACACUGGAAGUUAAUUUGUGUUUCGACAGUGGCGAUCCAUUGGACGCGCUUGAAGAAUACAAAGAAACUUGCAAAACGCAAAUUUCGCACAUAGUCAAUUUAGUCAGGGGAAAACUAGCACUACAGAAUCGAAUUACACUAGGAGCCUUGAUUGUACUGGAUGUCCAUGCACGUGAUGUGCUGACGGAUCUUAUUGAAAAGAAGACGACCAAAUCCGAUGACUUUAACUGGUUGGCUCAACUGAGAUACUAUAUGCAAGAAAAACAGCUGAUGACCAGUAUGAUCAAUUCAACUCUCAAGUACGGUUAUGAAUAUUUGGGCAACACAUCACGAUUGGUAAUUACCCCACUAACGGAUCGAUGCUUUCGAACACUGUUCGGUGCACUACAUCUGCAUUUAGGCGGAGCACCCGAGGGACCCGCAGGAACAGGAAAAACGGAGACCACCAAAGACUUGGCAAAAGCAGUCGCCAAACAGUGCGUCGUUUUUAACUGUUCGGAUGGACUGGAUUACAUUGCACUUGGGAAAUUCUUUAAAGGUCUCGCGUCGUGCGGGGCUUGGUCCUGCUUCGACGAGUUUAACCGAAUCGAUCUGGAGGUGCUAUCGGUUGUAGCUCAACAAAUUUUGACCAUUCAGCGUGGUAUCAAUUCCGGAUCACCAACACUGGUUUUUGAAGGAACUCUUCUGAACUUGGAUCCAACAUGUGCCGUUUUUAUUACGAUGAAUCCUGGCUAUGCGGGACGGUCAGAGCUUCCUGACAACCUGAAGGCAUUGUUCCGUUCGGUGGCUAUGAUGGUCCCAGACUAUGCACUGAUCUCCGAGAUUGAGCUGUAUUCGUACGGAUUUUUGAACGCUAAACCACUAGCUAUCAAAAUUGUUGCAACGUACCGCCUUUGUUCCGAACAAUUGAGUUCACAACCGCACUACGACUAUGGGAUGCGUGCAGUUAAAUCGGUACUGAAGGCGGCUGGGGCUUUGAAACUGAGAUAUCCAGCCGAAGUAGAAGAUAUCCUGGUACUCAGAUCAAUCAAGGAUGUCAACCUCGCCAAAUUCUUGAAUCAAGACGUUCCCCUUUUCCAAGGAAUAAUAUCGGAUUUAUUCCCAGGGGUAGUGCUGCCGACUCCCGAUUACGAAAUAUUCGACGCAGCGGUACGAAAAGCCUGCGAGCACAAUAACAUGCAGUGUACUCCAUUCUUCCUCGAAAAGGUGCAACAGCUGUACGAGAUGAUUGUAGUACGACACGGGCUGAUGCUAGUUGGACCACCUUUCGGUGGAAAGACUACGGCUUACCGGAUGUUAGCAGAAGCUUUAGGUUACAUAGAAGAGCAAGGAGAAAUGGGUGAGCACAAAGCGUGCUACACUGUUAUGAACCCAAAAGCUAUCACGAUGGGUCAGUUGUAUGGCCAAUUCGAUCCAGUUUCGCACGAAUGGAGCGACGGUAUCUUAGCUGUCAGUUACCGGCAGUUCGCCGUCAGUACAACGACCGACAGGAAGUGGUUGUUGUUUGAUGGCCCGGUUGACGCGAUUUGGAUUGAAAAUAUGAACACCGUGUUGGAUGACAACAAGAAGCUCUGUCUGAUGUCCGGAGAGAUAAUUCAGCUAGCUCCAACAACAAACUUGAUCUUUGAAGUGAUGGACCUUGAUGUCGCAUCGCCUGCCACGGUGUCCCGUUGUGGUAUGAUUUAUUUGGAGCCAAGCACACUCGGGUGGGAGCCUUUGCUGGAAUCAUGGAAAAACACACUGCCACCGUCCCUUCACUCGGUCAACAAACAGGUAAUAACGCAGAUGUUCACGCGAUUCUGUCCCAUUCUCCUGUGGUUCGUUCGCAAGGGCGGGGUUAGGGAAAUGAUGCCCACUUCCGACUCGAACCUGGUAAAGUCAUUGAUGAACCUUUUCGACUGCUUUAUGGAUGACUAUCGGAACGAGACCUAUAUGAAAACGGUGUCCGAAGUGGACGUACGAGCGCAGCUAGAAGGUGUGUUCUUCUUUUCUUGCAUUUGGGCUAUCGGAGGACCGCUUGAGACUGAAAGUCGGGAAAAGUUCAGCGAACUGUUUCGUGCUCUCACGGAGAAAGUCUUUCCUACCGAAAUCAAUGAUAAGUUUAAAAUACCAACCGCACUGCAAGUGCCGAACCUAACGAAACCCUUCAUCUUUCAAAUACCGAGAGGAGGCACCGUAUUUGAUUACCAUUUCACGAAAGAGGGUAAAGGCAAAUGGCGUCCCUGGGCAGAGGAAAUCAGCCAGACAAUUAACAUCCAACGCGAUAUGCCGGUUAAUCAAAUUAUUAUUCCAACUGUUGAAACCAUAAGAAUCACUGCUCUUUUGGAACUUCUGAUUCAACAUGGUAAGUCGUUGCUGCUGGUAGGUCCGACGGGAACGGGCAAAAGUGCUUACACGAUAGAUUUUCUUCUGAAACGAAACGACACAAACAUUUUCAAACCACUGUUGAUAAACUUUUCGGCGCAGACCUCAGCAAAUCAAGUUCAGGACAUUGUAAUGUCUAAGUUGGACAAACGACGUAAGGGAGUUUUUGGACCACCCCUUGGAAAGAAAUGCGUAAUAUUCAUAGACGACGUCUCUAUGCCCCUGAAAGAGACCUACGGCGCACAGCCUCCAAUUGAAAUAGUCAGAAUGUUUCUCGACCAUGCCAUGUGGUAUGAUAGAAGAGAUGUGGUCCCGAUGAAACUGAUAGAUUUACAAUUGAUGUGCGCUAUGGGACCGCCCAGUACGGGUAAUACGGUGACGGCAAGAUUUUCACGACACUUUAACACGAUUUCAUUGGACGAGUUUGACGAUGAUACGUUGACAUCAAUUUUCAGCAAGAUCGUACUGUGGCAUUUGGAUACCAGAGGGUUUUCCAAGGAGUUUGAUCCUUGUAUCGACGAAAUCGUACUGUCUACGCUACAGAUCUACAGAGAGGCUAGACGUAUUCUGUUACCGACGCCUGCCAAGUGUCAUUACAUGUUCAAUCUACGUGAUUUUUCCAGAGUAAUACAGGGGGUGCUUCUGUCAGUUCCCGAAGGUACGGAAAGUUUGAAUUCAAUCAGAAGAUUAUGGGCUCAUGAAAUUCUUCGAGUGUACGGUGAUCGGCUGGUAGACGAUACGGAUCGUGAAUGGCUGUUUAACGAGCUGUGUACCGUCAUCGACAAAUACAUGCACGAAGAUCCGAAGGAUCUUUUUGAUAGAUUCGUUGAGGGCGGCCAGUUGCGUGAAAACCAUCUCCGUGGAAUGAUGUUUUGCGAUUUUACAAAUCCCAAAGCUGAUACAAAGCUGUAUCUGGAAGUCGAAGAUAUGGAGGAGCUGGGAUUUGUGAUUGAAUCCUACAUAGUGGAGUUUAAUAACAUGUCCAAGAAGCCGAUGACGUUGGUUCUGUUCCGUUUUGCAAUUGAGCAUUUGUCACGAAUCUGCAGGAUAAUUAAACAACCGAGAAGCCACGCUUUGUUAGUUGGAGUUGGAGGGUCAGGAAGGCAAUCUUUGGCGAGAAUAGCUUCUCACAUAUGCUCGUAUGAGCUAUUUCAGGUGGAGAUUUCUAGACAAUAUGGAAUGAAUGAGUGGCGAGAGGAUAUGAAGAAUCUGUUGAAGAAAGUGGCUUCGUCGGAUCAACACAUCGCUUUCCUGUUUACAGACUCGCAGAUAAAGGACGAAUCGUUUCUGGAAGAUAUCAACAAUAUGCUGAAUUCCGGUGAAAUUCCGAACUUGUUUACGAAUGAAGAAAAAGCCGAAAUCAUCGAAAAAAUGAGACAAAUUGAUCGGCAGAAGGAGAAGUCACAGCAAACCGAUGGGAGCCCGGUUGCGCUAUACAACUUAUUUGUUACGAUCACACGUGACCAAUUGCACAUUAUUCUGUCAAUGUCCCCCAUUGGCGAUUCCUUCCGGAAUCGUGUUCGAAAGUUUCCCUCCAUUGUCAACUGCUGCACGAUCGAUUGGUUCCAACCGUGGCCCAAGGACGCACUGGUUGCGGUUGCUACGAAAUUUCUGUCCACGGUCGAGAUGCCCGAGAAGGAACGUAACGUGUGCAUCGAUAUGUGCAUGGAGUUUCACACCUCCACCCAGGAACUGUCCGAGGAGUUUAUGCUCCGAUUAAGUCGCCACAACUACGUGACCCCUACCUCCUAUCUAGAACUAAUCCAUACCUUCAAGACGUUGCUGGAUAAGAAGAGAACGGAUGUUCUCACCGGCAAGAAUCGUUACUUGACAGGACUUAAGCAGCUGGACAUUGCAGCCCAACAGGUCGGGGUGAUGCAAGAGCAGCUGGAGACUGUACAGCCGCAGCUGAAGAUUGCUGCUGAAACGGUGGCCCAGCAGAUGGCCAAAGUUCAAGCAGACAGUGAGGUUGCGGCCGUACAGAAGGAACUGGUCAAGAAGGACGAGGAAGUCGCACAGGAACAGGCAGCCGCUGCUAACGAGAUCAAAGAGGAGUGCGAUGCAAAGUUGGCAGAAGCGAUGCCCAUUCUGAAUGCAGCUCUAGAGGCACUGAACACGUUAACCGCACCGGACAUUACGAUCGUGAAAACGAUGAAAAGUCCUCCGAUUGGGGUGAAGGUUGUGAUGGAAGCGAUUUGUAUCCUAAAGGAUAUCAAACCGGACCGUGUUCAGGCUCCGUCUGGCUUAGGUAUGGUGGAGGACUACUGGGGUCCUGCGAAAAAGGUUCUGGGGGAUAUGAAAUUCUUGGAAGGGUUGUUGAACUUUGAAAAGGAUGAUAUCCCCCCGAGAGUGAUGCAAAAGUUGGAGGAACGCAUUUUGCAUAACGAAAACUUCGACCCGGACAAGGUGAAAACUGCUUCUACGGCCUGCGAAGGUUUGUGCAAAUGGGUUAUUGCUAUUUCGAAGUACGACGUAGUAGCAAAGGUGGUUGCACCAAAGAAGAUUGCUCUGAAAGAAGCACAGGAUAAGUAUAAUGGAGCUAUGGCGAUUCUGAAUGCCAAGUUGGAACAAUUGGCUAUUUUGGAGGAGAAUUUGGCAGAACUGCAGAGAAAGUUGGACGAGCAGAUCCAGCAACAUGCCAAACUGCAGGCUAAUGUGGAGCUUUGCAUGAAAAAGCUGGAACGUGCAACGGAAAUCAUCACCGGGUUGGGUGGUGAGAAGGAUCGUUGGCAACAGGCAGCGAAGAACCUGGGUGAGGUCUACGAUAAUCUAACUGGAGAUGUUCUGAUAGCAUCUGGAGUCGUAGCAUAUCUGGGACCAUUCACAAACGUAUUCCGAGCGCAACAAAUUAAGCGGUGGAUAAAAAGCUGUAAAGAUAAACGUAUUGUGUGUUCCGAAGAUUUCCAGCUCUCCACUGUGUUGGGUAAUCCGGUGGAUAUUCGAGCAUGGAAUAUUUUUGGUCUACCGAGCGAUGCUUUUUCAGUAGAAAGUGCAAUAAUAAUACACAAUGCACGGCGGUGGCCAUUGAUGAUUGAUCCUCAGGGUCAGGCAAACAAAUGGGUUAGGAACAUGGAAAAGGCAAACCGAAUGUGUAUUAUUCGUUUUAAUCAACCAGAUUAUACAAGAGUUUUGGAAAAUGCUAUCCAGUUUGGUCUACCAGUAUUGUUGGAAAAUGUCGGAGAGGAGAUUGAACCGUUACUGGAACCAAUAUUACUGAAGCAAGUUUUUCGACAAGGCGGGACGAUGUCUAUCAAAUUAGGAGACUCUAUCAUUGAGUAUAAUGAUUCCUUUAAGUUAUAUAUUACAACGAAAUUACGGAAUCCACAUUAUCUGCCUGAAAUAGCGGUAAAGGUGACUUUAUUGAACUUUAUGAUCACCGUAACAGGAUUACAAGAUCAGCUGCUAUCGAUAACGGUGGCACGCGAACGGCCCGAUCUGGAAACGGAGAAAAAUGCUCUUAUAGUGCAGGGUGCGGAAAACAAGCGCUUGCUGCAGGAGAUCGAAGGCAAAAUCCUGCAAGUACUCAGCUCCGAAGGCAAUAUUCUCGAAGACGAAACGGCCGUGUCGGUCCUAAGUUCCUCGAAGACGCUAGCCAACGAAAUUAAUGAAAAACAAGUAAUUGCAGAGACAACUGAACGUCAGAUCGAUAUCGCGCGGCUGCAGUACACCUCGAUAGCGGCCCAUUCGACGGUCCUAUUUUUCACCAUCGCAGAGCUGGCGAACAUCGAUCCGAUGUAUCAGUACAGCUUGAAUUGGUUCGUGAAUCUGUUUACGGCAGCGAUCGAUAACACUGAAAAGGUUGACGAAGUCCCGGCCCGGUUGGCGGAUCUUAGGGCUUACUUCACGUACAGUCUGUAUGAGAAUAUCUGCAGGAGUCUGUUUGAGAAGGACAAGAUUUUGUUUUCGCUGCUCCUCACCACCAAUCUGCAGCACGAAGAGGGUAAUUUCGAUCGGGCGGAAUUUAUGUUCCUACUGACUGGUGGCGUUGGUCUCGAUAAUCCGGACCCCAACCCAGCUGAAUGGCUUCCCAGUAAAUGUUGGGAUGAAAUUUGUCGAUUGACCAAAUACGACGCAUUUUCCGGCUUCGAAGAACAUGUAGUUGAGAACAUCAGACGCUGGAAAGCAUACUUUGACGACGAUACGCCUCAAAGUGCUGAAAUUCCGGAGCCUUGGAAGGCUCGUUUAACCAUUUUCCAAAAAUUGCUGAUUUUGAGAUGUUUCCGCUCGGAUAAACUCGUACCGGCUAUCGAGCUAUACGUGGAAGAUAUUUUGACCAGAAAAUAUGUUGAACCACCUCCCUUCAACCUGUCGGCAUCGUAUGAGGAUUCAAAUUGUUGCGUACCACUGAUAUUCAUAUUAACUCCGGGUGCGGAUCCUACUGCCACUUUGCUCCGUUUCGCGGACACUCAAGGUAUUGGCUCAAGCCGUCUCUAUUCACUAUCGCUGGGCCAGGGUCAGGGACCUAUUGCAGCUAAGAUGAUCGAUGAAGGAACCAAAUUUGGUAAUUGGGUACUGCUACAAAAUUGCCACCUGGCACAAAGUUGGAUGCCAACGCUGGAACGCAUUUGCGAGAGUUUUCAGCCAGAUACAACCCACCCGGAUUUCCGCCUGUGGUUGACAUCGUAUCCGACUGAGCAUUUCCCGGUUGUCGUACUGCAGAAUGGAAUCAAAAUUACGAACGAACCACCGAAAGGUCUGCGGAUGAACAUACUGCGAUCGUACAUGGGAGAUCCUAUUUCGAACGUGGAAUGGUUUGAGGCAUGCAAGCAACCUGCCAACUUCAAAAAGUUGUUGUUCAGUUUGUGUUUCUUCCACGGAAUCGUUCAGGAAAGGCGACAUUUUGGCCCAAUCGGAUGGAAUAUCCAGUACGAGUUCAACGAAACCGAUCUCAGCAUUAGUUUGACACAACUGCGCAUGUUUUUGGAUGAGUACGAAGAGGUGCAGUAUGUGGCUCUGCGCUACUUGACCGGUGAAUGUAACUAUGGGGGCCGAGUUACGGAUGACUGGGAUCGACGAUGUUUGAUUACCAUUCUGGGGAAAUUCUAUUGCGAGAAAACGCUAGAUCAAGCAGAUUACAUUCUAGAUGAGCAAGGUUUGUACAAGAUUCCGGAGUUGAAAGAACACGAGGAGUUCAUCACAUUCAUUAAGGAAUUACCGACGAUUGCAAAGCCAGGUGUUUUUGGUCUCCAUGAGAACGCCGAUAUCGUGAAAGAUCAGAAGGAAACCGAUUUGCUGCUCGAAAACACAUUGAAAACUCAGACAACAUCAACGGGAGUUUUUCGAGAGACUCCAGCUCAAAUAGUAGCCCGAGUCUCCAACGAUAUUCUCAACCGCUUGCCGAAAGAGUUCGAUCGUGACGCUACUUUGGAGAAAUACCCAACGAGCUAUCAUCAGAGUAUGAACACGGUUCUGGUUCAGGAGAUGGUUCGAUUCAACGUGCUGCUCAGCUGCAUUCGGAGAAGUCUGAUAACGGCCAACAAGGCGAUGCAGGGACUGGUUUCAAUGUCUGCUGAUAUUGAGGAAGUAGUCGCAUCGUUAUUAGUUGGGCGAAUUCCUGCCCUCUGGGCGAAGCGAUCCUACCCGAGUUUGAAGCCGCUGGGAAGUUACAUAAUUGAUUUUAUUGCGAGACUGAGCUUUCUCAGGAAGUGGUUCGACGAGGGGCCACCGGAUGCAUUCUGGAUAUCGGGAUUCUUUUUCACACAAGCCUUCCUGACUGGAGCACAGCAGAAUUUUGCCCGGAAAUAUGUCAUCCCGAUUGAUCUGCUAGUGUUUGACAAUACAAUGCUGACCCAGACUGCUUUCGACGAGCCGCCCGAGGAUGGCGUGUACGUAUACGGGCUGUACUUGGAAGGAGCCAGGUGGGACAGAAAGAAAGGAUACCUUCAGGAACCGUACCCGAGAGUGUUAUUCGACACGAUGCCUCAUAUUUUGAUGCUUCCGAUCAAGAAAGAUGAUUUGGUGAUCCGACACACAUAUAUCUGUCCCGUGUAUAAAACAGCCGAACGCCGAGGAAUCCUUUCAACGACUGGGCACAGCACCAACUUUGUGAUUGGACUAUCACUGGAUUGUGAACCCUCAACCAAGCAGGAGCACUGGAUCCGCCGAGGAACGGCGCUUUUAUGCCAAUUGAGUCAUUAAUCAAAUUUGGUCAUCUUUUUUACGUGGUACAUAUAUCUAUUUGUAACAACUUAUAUUUUGUAGUGUUUCGUCAGACGAGUAAAAAUUAAAACAGCUGUGGAUUAUUUAUUUCACAUUAAAAUUUUCAACACGUUCAAUAUCGGCAUUCGCAGAGCGAUAAA